GUCUGUUCUGUUGUUGUUCGUGUCGUCUGUCAUUUCAACUUUUAGGUUAUGUUGAAACCAGAUUUUUACAUCAUAGACUAAUCGUAUAUAUUUUUUAUUUUUUUGAGAUUCAGUAUCUAAUUAAACGAUGAAGUGCUACUAUGAAGUUUUAGGAGUUCCAAAAGAUUCUGGAGAGGAAGAAAUAAAAAAGGCGUAUAGGAAAUUAGCAUUACAGUGGCAUCCCGAUAAAAACCCCAGCAACAUUGAAGAAGCUAAAGAACAGUUUCAGUUGGUACAGCAAGCUUAUGAAGUUUUAAGUGAUGGUAAUGAAAGGGCGUGGUAUGACAAACAUCGAGAAUCCAUUUUAAAAGGAGGUGCUGGCGAAAACUAUGUUGAUACUGCUUUAGAUGUUUUUCAGUAUUUUUCUUCAAGUUGUUUUGUAGGUUAUGGCAAUGACGAAAAAAGUUUCUACAGUGUGUAUAGAGAGGUUUUCAAUAAGAUAGCAGCAGAAGAUUCAGAAUACUAUUCUGAUUCUGAUAGCGAGUUUGAAAUACCUACAUUUGGCCAGUCUGAUAGCUCGUUCGAUGAUGUUGUUCAGCCGUUCUAUUCAUACUGGCAAGGCUAUUCGACAAAAAGGUCAUAUGCAUGGUUGAAUGUUUAUGAUAUUAAAGAAGCCCCUAAUCGUAAAGUUGCACGACUAAUGGAAAAGGAUAAUAAGAAGGUCAGAGAUGAAGCGAAGAAGCAGCGGAACGAAGAAGUUAGAGCUUUAGUGCAGUUUGUCAAAAAAAGAGAUAAACGUGUUCAAGCACAUGCAUUGUAUGUGAAGCAAAAGAAGGAAAUCAACGAGAAGAAAACUGAAGCAAAUCGACAAAUGAAAAUUAAAGAAAGAAAAGAAGAAAUUGCUAGCUGCCAAGAGUCAGAGUGGUCCAAGUUUUCUAAUUUUGAAAAAGAACUAAAAGACAUCGAAGCCUCCUUGGUCGCUGAGUUUGGUGAUACUUCUGUGUCUGAGAAAUCAGAUGAUGAUUCUAGUUCUGAAUCAUCUUUCAAAAAUGAUACUUUAUAUUGUGUUGCAUGCAAUAAAAUAUUUAAAACUAGCAAAGCUUUUCAAAAUCACGAGAAUUCAAAAAAACACAGAGAAAAUGUGUCUAUUUUAAAACUUAGUGUCAUAGAAGAUGAUGCAAAUUUUGAAGAGGAAGAGUUUGUUGAAGAUGUAGAAAAAAUACCUAGCAGACUUUCUUCCCCUGGAGAAACCACCUAUUUAGCGACAGAUAAUUCUGAGGAAGAAUUAUUGAGUUGUAGCACUCUUCAUCUUGAGAAGAGCGGUGUAACUGAAGAAACUAAAGUAAAGAAAGAUAAAAAGUCCAGGAAGAAGACCAAACAUACCAAUUUACUUUGUUCAAGCGAGUUGGCUAGUAGUGUAGAUCCAUUGGAAGAUAUUAAUUUUGGUGCUAGUAAAAAGCAAAAAAGGAACCUGUUCAAACAAAAGAUUCUCCUUGAAAAAGAAAACAAACAAAUAGACCACUCAGAUUCAGACGUUUCAGAUGCUGAUGAGGAUAUUACCUCAAAAAGAAAAAAUAGAGCACAAAAAUCCAAAUCACAAAAUAAAAAUUAUAGAAAAGUUGAUGAAUGUGAUAUUAGUUCUGAAAACAAAAUCGAUUCUUCGUCUAUGGUUUUGGACUCAGUCAAUAAACCUGACAACUUGGGCCCAGUUAAAGAGAGUGAAUGUAGGCCUAGUAACGAAUUGACACACAUUUGUAAAACAUGCAACAGUUCUUUUUUGUCCAAAAACAAAUUAUUUGAUCAUCUUCAAAAAUCAGGUCAUGCUGUGCUUUUAGGUCAAACAGCAAAGAGUAACAAAACGGACACCAAAGCUAAAAAGAAGAAAAAGAAGAUAGCUUAAAAUUUUCUUGGCAAGUAAGGUACAUGUACAUUUUUUUUUAAAUAGAUGUGUAUCUAAAUUGCAUCUUAUGUAUAUAUUAAACUAGUAGAGAUUU